CGCGCGGCGGGCCGAAGCACCGAGAAUGAAUAUCCUGGUCUCAACCGGUUUGAACCGGUCCGUGGCUGGAAGCAUGAGCUUAGAGGAAGAGCAGUUAAACACCUCUGCUUCCCCACAGUGUGUGCGAAUAGAUCCAGAAAUAAAACUCCGAGACUUCUCUUUCACUUCGCGACUAUGACCCGGAAUACCGCCUCAAGCGUGAAUCCGUGAAUCUGUGUUUUGUUAGCUUAGCUCAACUUUACAUUAGCCAGCAGACCUAAAUCCUCAUUGACUUUUCCCAUUAGCACGCUAGGUUGCUACUAGCCUUGGUGGGGAGUAGCCACUGGAGAUAGCCGAGGGGAAAGAUAUGUUUCACAGUGGUUGAAGGCAGGAAAAUUAUGUCGCGGUAAACUGCGAGGAACAAUUUAUACAUCAACGAGACUCGAUAAGUAUCCGACGUGAGGACGUCUUUUUUUUUUUUUUUUGUUUUUUUAAAUUCUGAGUGGAAAGCUAACAUUAGCUUUCAGCUAUCGAACGUUAGCUGCAGUGUAACGUAAACGUGUGAAAUGAGAUUACGUUACAUGGUUGUUUAGAACUUAUUCUGUUUUUUGGGGGGGAAAAAAAAAAUUGACGUUUCCAUCUUCAUCUACAAGACGCGCCACUUAAUUAAAUCCUUGUUUUCUACGAGCGGACACCACAUACCAGAGUCUCUAUGCCAGCAGAAAUGACGAUGUUGGCAGAUCACCCAGCCAGACAGCUGCUGGACUUCAGUCAGAAACUGGACAUCAACCUGCUGGACAAUGUCGUGAACUCCAUGUACCAUGACAUUGGAUCCCAGCAACGCGUGGCCCAGGAAGUGCUCACCAACCUGAAGGACCACCCAGAUGCCUGGACGAGGGUCGACACCAUCCUGGAGUUCUCUCAAAACAUGAAAACUAAAUAUUACGCACUCCAGAUACUGGAGGCAGUCAUCAAAACACGCUGGAAGAUUCUCCCCAGAAAUCAGUGCGACGGAAUCAAGAAGUAUGUUGUUGGGUUGAUUAUCAAGACUUCAUCUGAUCCCGCAAACAUGGAGAAGGAGGGCGUGUACAUUUCAAAGCUCAACAUGAUCCUUGUACAAAUCCUGAAGCAGGAAUGGCCCAAACACUGGCCGACCUUCAUCAGCGACAUCGUGGGCGCAAGUCGGACCAGCGAGAGCCUCUGUCAGAACAACAUGAUCAUCCUGAAACUGCUCAGCGAGGAGGUCUUUGACUUCUCCAGUGGCCAGAUGACCCAAGUGAAGGCCAAGCAUCUCAAAGACAGUAUGUGCAACGAGUUCUCCCAAAUAUUCCAGCUGUGCCAGUUUGUGAUGGAAAACUCCCAGAAUGCACCACUGGUCCACGCCACACUGGAGACUCUCCUCCGCUUCCUGAAUUGGAUUCCUCUGGGCUACAUCUUUGAGACAAAGCUCAUCAGCACACUGGUGUACAAGUUCUUGAACGUGCCCAUGUUUCGCAACGUGACGCUGAAGUGUCUGACGGAGAUCGCCGGCGUGAGCGUCAACCAGUACGAGGAGCAGUUCGUCAACCUGUUCACUCUCACCAUGUGUCAGCUCAAACAGAUGCUUCCCCUGAACACUAACAUCCGAGUGGCCUACUCCAACGGCAAAGACGACGAGCAGAACUUCAUCCAGAACCUCAGCUUGUUCCUCUGCACCUUCCUCAAAGAGCACGGCCAGCUCAUCGAGAAACGGCCCAACCUGCGCGAGACGCUCAUGGAGGCGCUGCACUACAUGCUGCUGGUGUCGGAGGUGGAGGAGACGGAGAUCUUUAAGAUUUGUCUGGAGUACUGGAAUCACCUGGCGGCAGAGCUGUACAGGGAGAGCCCCUUCUCCACGUCCAGCACCCCGCUGCUCUCUGACGUCCCCCCGCGCCGACACCUCUACCUGCCAGUUCUGUCCCAGGUGCGUCUGCUGAUGGUGAGCCGCAUGGCGAAGCCCGAGGAGGUGCUGGUGGUGGAGAACGACCAGGGGGAGGUGGUCAGGGAGUUCAUGAAGGACACGGACGCCAUCAACCUGUACAAGAACAUGAGGGAGACUCUGGUUUACCUGACGCAUCUUGACUACGCCGACACUGAACGCAUCAUGACGGAGAAGCUGCACAACCAGGUGAACGGCACCGAGUGGUCGUGGAGGAACCUGAACAUGCUGUGCUGGGCCAUCGGCUCCAUCAGCGGCGCGAUGCACGAGGAGGACGAGAAGAGGUUCCUCGUGACCGUCAUCAAGGACCUUCUCGGCUUGUGUGAGCAGAAAAGAGGCAAAGACAACAAGGCCAUAAUAGCGUCGAACAUCAUGUACAUCGUGGGCCAGUAUCCGCGGUUCCUUCGCGCCCACUGGAAGUUCCUCAAGACCGUCGUCAACAAGCUCUUUGAGUUCAUGCACGAGACACACGACGGCGUGCAGGACAUGGCGUGUGACACCUUCAUCAAGAUCGCCCAGAAGUGCCGCCGUCACUUCGUCCAGGUCCAGGUGGGAGAGGUGAUGCCGUUCAUCGACGAGAUCCUCAACAACAUCAACACCAUCAUCUGUGACCUGCAGCCUCAGCAGGUGCACACGUUUUACGAGGCCGUGGGCUACAUGAUCGGAGCUCAGACCGACCAGGCCGUUCAGGAGCUUUUGAUAGAGAAGUACAUGCUGCUGCCUAAUCAGGUGUGGGACAGCAUCAUCCAGCAGGCAACCAAGAACGUGGACAUUUUGAAGGACGCGGAGACGGUGCGUCAGCUGGGGAGCAUCCUCAAGACCAACGUCCGCGCCUGUAAAGCCGUGGGACACCCCUUCGUCGUCCAGCUGGGACGGAUCUACCUGGACAUGCUCAACGUCUACAAGUGUUUGAGUGAAAACAUCUCCUCGGCCGUCCAGACUAACGGGGAGAUGGUGACGAAGCAGCCUCUGAUCAGGAGCAUGAGGACGGUGAAGAGAGAGACACUGAAGCUGAUCUCAGGCUGGGUCAGUCGCUCCAAUGACCCUCAGAUGGUGGGAGAGAACUUCGUGCCCCCCCUGCUGGAGGCCGUGCUCAUCGACUAUCAGAGAAACGUCCCGGCCGCCAGGGAGCCCGAGGUCCUCAGCACCAUGGCAACCAUCGUCAACAAGCUGGGCGUCCACAUCACGGGCGAAAUCCCCAAGAUCUUCGACGCCGUCUUCGAGUGCACUUUGAACAUGAUCAACAAGGACUUUGAAGAGUUCCCAGAACACAGGACACACUUCUUCUACCUUCUGCAAGCCGCCACGUCCCAGUGCUUCCCGGCUUUCUUAUCCAUCGCCCCGGCUCAGUUCAAGCUCAUCCUGGACUCCAUCAUCUGGGCCUUCAAGCACACGAUGAGGAACGUGGCCGACACAGGUCUCCAGAUCCUGUUCACGCUCCUGCAGAACGUGUCUGCAGAGGAAGCAGCGGCGCAGAGUUUCUACCAGACCUACUUCUGUGACAUCCUGCAGCACAUCUUCUCCGUGGUCACCGACACGUCUCACACUGCAGGUCUGACCAUGCACGCCACCAUCCUGGCCUACAUGUUCAACCUGGUGGAGGAGGGGAAGGUGAGCGUGGCUCUGAGCGCCGCCAGCCCCGCCAACAACCAGGCCCACGUGCAGGAGUACAUCGCCAACCUGCUGAAGACGGCCUUCCCCCACCUCCAGGAUGCCCAGGUGAAGGUGUUCGUCACAGGUUUGUUCAGCCUGAAUCAGGACAUCCCGGCCUUUAAGGAGCAUCUGAGGGACUUCCUGGUUCAGAUCAAGGAGUUCGCUGGCGAGGACACAACGGACCUUUUCUUGGAGGAGAGGGAGGCGGCUCUGCGCCAAGCGCAGGAGGAGAAACACAAGCUCCAGAUGUCUGUGCCCGGCAUCCUCAACCCCCACGAGCUGCCCGAGGAGAUGUGCGACUGAAGCGAAAAGGUGGCUCCUCGUUGACGUGUUUGUGUGCGAGUUUGUGUGUCUAGAGAAAAAAAAGAGAAUGUGUGGCUCCGAAAAAAACGGAGCCCAGCACUCGGUUGUACGUCGACCAAAUCAAUGUCAAUAUGUAAAUGAGAGUCUUCCCCUCCCGUCCCUCCACUGGCACCGAUUAUUCGUUUCUUUUUCUCUUUUUGUUCUCCCUACAAACUUAUUUUAUAUAAAGAUUUUUUUUUUUUUUUUUGUGUAACAUGUCAUCUUUUGGUAAUUAUUUGCUAUUGGAGCUUUGUGUUUGGCCAUGCAUGAAGUUUGGAAGAAUUAAAGGUUAUUUUAACGCCUCAUCACUCACUCACUUCACCUCCCUCCUCACCACCUUUACUUGUUAAUAUGUAAUAUAUAUAAUGUUGAAACACAUGCGAUGGUUAUUGGACAGGUUGCGCUGGUUUCGGGAGUGCGGCCGCGUGCGCUGUUCAGGACGAAUGUGACGCUCAAGGGUAGAGUUGUGCUCCCUUGCUUCCUUUUUUUGUCUUGUUUCAGUUGGUCUGUGUGUGUGAACUGUUUGGUUUUUUGUUUCUGUUUUUUUUUUUUUUUUUUUUUUCCUCUGGCUCUCUGAGUGACUCAGAGCUUCACCGGCUCUGCUUUUGGAUGAGAAGGAACGUUGUGUGCAUAUCAUCCUGUUUGUAAAGCUGUGUCUUAGUACUCUGAGAAUAUAAAGUGGCUAUUUUUACAAAA